ACUGAAUCCUCUCUAUUUAGGGGUUUGUGGAAAAGUUCCGUUCGAUCGAAAAUUGGUGCCAUCGAUGUUAAUGGUGGGAUCCCUUUUACGGUUUGGAUCAAUUGCAGCUUGGGUUUUUCAUAUUAUUGCUUGCAUGGGAGCAGUGGUUGUCUGGGGUGUCAUAUCAGGCCCAAAUUGAAUUCCUCGCUUGAUGAAUUCAAAGGGCAGAAUAACCAAGUUUGGAAAAAUACGAAAACUACUCUAUCUGAAGAUUUUUGGACCACCAGCAAUUGUAAUAUGGACAAUACUGCUCUGCAGUCUUGUGGAAGCAUGUCAUCUACCAGCACACUUACUCAGGUCUACGAUGCUCAUGGUGCUGGAUGCUCAAGCACGCCUUCUGAAUUCGUAAAUCAUGGUCUUAUUCUCUGGAACCAGAAUAGACAGAAAUGGACCUGGGACAAAAAGCCUGAGAGUCGAGCACAACUACUUCGAGAGCCCAAAUUAAGCUGGAAUGCGACCUACGACAGUUUGCUCAGCAAUAACAAGCCAUUUGACAAACCUGUCCCUCUUGGCGAAAUGGUCGAUUUUCUGGUAGAUGUUUGGGAGCAGGAAGGAAUGUACGAUUAAGAAAACCAUAAGAAACUGGUUCCGGGUGAUUGUUACGAUUGUGGAUUGCAGAUUAUCUCUUCCCUCUUGCUGUAGACGACCACUUUAGCAGUUGCUUCAAGAAAAAUAUUUCUUUUUUCUUUUGGUUUUGUGUUGAACACAGCAAGACCCAUUGUGCUGUAUCUGAUCAUGACAUUGUUAAGAUCAUUGCUUAUAUAAAAAUGAAGAAUCGUUUUGUUUUUGCUUUCA